CUGCGGUUUGGAGGUGCCGGCAGCAGGAAGCGCUUCGCGGGCGGCCGCCACCUUCCUGCUGCGCCCCGGAGCCAGCAGAGGCCUCGCGGCUCCCCCGGCCCCGGCACUUCCUCCCUAGGGCUCUUCCGCCCGCUGCGCCCCGGGCGCGGUGCCGGUGCCGGCCAUGGGCAGGGGUUGAUCGCAGCCAUGUCGCGGCACAAGGCGAGGCGCAAGGGCGGUGCCCGCGAGCGGGUCUUCGGCUGCGACCUCCUGCAGCUGCUGCAGCGCUCGGGGCAGGACGUGCCGCAGGUGCUGAGGAGCUGCACGGAGUUCGUGGAGCAGCACGGGGUGGUGGAUGGGAUCUACCGGCUCUCCGGGGUGUCCUCCAACAUCCAGCGGCUGCGGCAGGAGUUCGAGAGCGAGCGCUGCCCCGACCUGCGCAGGGACGUUUACCUGCAGGACAUCCACUGCGUGAGCUCCCUGUGCAAAGCCUACUGCCGGGAGCUGCCCAACCCGCUCCUCACCUACCAGCUCUACCACAAGUUCGCUGAUGCCGUGGCCAUCCAGAUGGAGGAAGCGCGCCUGGUGAAGAUCAAGGAGGUGCUGAAGGAGCUGCCCGGGCCUCACUAUAGGACCCUGGAGUUCCUGAUGCGGCACCUCCUGCGCAUGGCGGCCCACAGCAGCCGGACCAACAUGCACGCCAGGAACCUGGCCAUCGUGUGGGCCCCCAACCUGCUGCGGUCCAAGGACAUCGAGGCGUCGGGCUUCAACGGCACCGCGGCGUUCAUGGAGGUGCGCGUCCAGUCCAUCGUGGUGGAGUUCAUCCUCACCCACGUGGAGCAGCUCUUUGGGGACGCUCCCCUCCGAGCAGGAGCCGAGAGCCCCCGCCGGUCCCUGCUGCUGGCCGGGGGGGGGCAGCCGCCGCCACCGUACCACGUCCCGGCGGCGCUGAGCCAGGGCGAUGGCCCCCCCCCGAUCCGGCCCUACCACACCAUCAUCGAGCCCACAUCCUCCCGCAGGAGGAAGGGCUCCCUCAAGGCCAGGAAGUGGAGAUCCAUUUUCCACCUCGGCCGCUCCAGCCACGAGGCCAAGCGCAAGGCGAAGGCGCUGGAGGAGCGAGAGGACAAGGGCGGCGCGAGGAGCCUGCGCCCGGCCAAGAGCAUGGACUCGCUCAGCGCCCUCCCCGCCGGCAGCCAUGGCGCAGGGGACCCUUGUCCGGAGGAGCCGCCCCCGGGGAAGCCUCCGCAGCGCCGGGAAAGCUUCGACGCGUGCCCGGUGCCGCCGGGGCGCUGCCGGGAGUCGGGCGAGGACCGAGAGGAGCCCCCGGAGCAGCCGCAGGGCGAGGGCAGCGCCCACUCAGAGCCCAGCACCCCCCGGGCAGGGCGCAGCCGAGCCCCGAGGGCCGCCGGGGUCCACAUCUCGGUGCCCUUGUCCGUCACCGUCCCCCUGCACAUCGCAGCCAACCUGUCCCGCCUGAACCGGGGGCUGCCCUGCCCGGCCCCGGCCACCGGCGCCCUCGCUCCGCAGCCGGAUGCCGGCGGGGAUGCUCCGGAGCCGGGGUCCCCGUCCCCCGCGGCCCGGAGCCGCCUCUCCAUGGAGCUCCGGGAUUCCUUCGCCUUCCUGGAUAGCCCCGAGCCCUGGCUGGAGGGUGCCGGGGAUGGGGAGCAGGGGGAGCGGGAGCUGCCGCCGGGCACGGCGGGUGAGGGCGAGGGGAUGGCGGCCAGCGAGGACGGGAUGGAGAGCGGGUGCAUGAACCCGGGGGAGCCGCCGGCGGAGCCGCCCUGCAGCUACUUGUCCAUCGAGGAGUGCAUGGACGAGAUGUUCUUCAUGGCGCCCGACGACACCGACUCGGACGAGACGUUCCUGAGCGCCCACGACGACCUCAGCCCCUUGCGGCCAGCGCUGGAGCCCCCCGGGAGCCCGGUACCGACCCGAGCCGCAGAGGAUGCUCCGGGGGCCGGGGACGGUGCCAGGACUGACCCCGGCCGCGCGGGACCGGGGCCGGACGCAUCGGAUGAAGCCAUCGAAGAGGCCGGAGCCGGCCCCGCUCCCAGCGCCCCGGGGGAGCCCGGGGAAGGGGAACCGCCCCCGGUGCCUCCAUCCCCGCCGCCGGAGGGCAGCGCGGGGCCGAGCCGGCCGGAGCCGCCGGUGCUUCCCGAACCCGCGGCCGUGCUGCGCUUGGCCACGCGGGCCGCGCCGGUGCUGCAGGCCCGCUCCGUGCCCGUCGUGCCCCCCAAGCCGCAGUUCGCCACGGUGCCACCGGGCCCGGCCGAGGAGGCAGCGGCGGCCUCACCGGAGAGGCCGCUCCUUGGCCCCGGCCCCGCGUUGAGGCGGGCGGGCUGGCGGGCCCGGGCCAGCGUGUCCCUGGACGCGGAGCUGCCGUCGGGCCGGGCCCCGGUGCGCCGGAUCCAGACGUACUGCGGCGGGGAACCGGGAAUGGCCGCUCCGGUGCCCGUGGAGCCGGGGGGGAACCGGGCAGGCCCCGGAGCGGCGGAGAGCGGGGCCGCGGGGCAAUAA